GAUCCCACGGAUGCUGUCUGGAAAGACAUCUUCUUGCCUGAAGAUUUAAACGCGAUCAUCAACUUUAAGAAGCCCAUGCUUCCCAAACUUCCCGCCAAUUUUGAGGAGUAUUUACUCUCAUACAAUGGAAAGAAGGAUGUCAAGAGUUUGGUGGCUCGGCGACGCGAAGUCGAUUUUGAUCCGUUUGAAGCGCCAGAGUUGUAUUGGGCACAUAAAGCUAUUGUUGAGGCCUCAGAUCUGUUUGUUUACAACUACUUGCCUUUCCAAGAUCACAGCGAAAGUGAUUUAAUUCACCAGAUUUGCGAGUUUGUAGAAAAAUGUUUUGACGGCUCCAGUCUCAAGGUUCAAAGUGGUGAGAGAGGCAGUACAGCUUCUAGAGAGCGAAGAAAUGCGACCCGUGGAUCGAGCACUAGUUCUACUGGUCAACUAGCACGCAAGUGCAUGGGCACAAGGGUGGAUAUGCGCUUCUCGUCGAAUGGUCGCGAAUAUGGAUGCACAGAAGCCAGGUUGUCGAAUGACAUUAACAGCACCAAGACGAUCCAAGAAGGAAGAAUGAAGCUGCCUCGCACCAUGAAAGAUAUGUUUGUACGUCUCGUUGCUGAAGCCCCAUCUGCGAUUCACAAUAUCAAGGUAGGUGGCUUCUUGAUCUCUGGUAAGUGUUUUUUUUAUUUGAAUGACUUUGUGUUGUAUCGAUUCGUGCGGGAUAGUGGAGGUUAG